UCAGGUUCGCUCUCUUGCCAUCCACCUUCCUUCCUACAAGCUGUUUAGAUCCAUGCUUCUUUCACCAGCAAAUACGGAGUUCUUUUUUUUUUCAAGUUUUCUGCGGCAACUAAUCUGUCUCCAGCGGGUUGUUAGAUCUGGCCUUCUAUCGCAUAGUUGUGUGAGGCUAUCUAAACUUCGUUUUGUUUCUGAACUAAGGAUAAAGGAUUGGGUGCGCCUUGUCGCGCCACCUUGCCGGCCAUUUGCAGUUCCAAUUUUUGACAUGCACGAUGCAGUUCUGCUGUUGAAUUGUAUACUUUGAUGGCUGUUUGAUACUUUGAUCGCUAGAGCAUGGUAGUGGGCAUCAUGGGAAAGUAGGCAGUCAGCCAUCCUGGCCAUGGGUCCCAUGGAUGUCUAUUGGGAAAAUUUGCUACGGGACACCGUUAUUUUUAUAUCUUUACCAUAACACACCACCGCUGUGCAAAGUCCACGACGAGACGCUCGACCACCUCUCCUUGGAUUGCCCCUUCGCCAACGUCGUGUGGGCUAGCAUCAACUCGAGGCUGCGCGCCCUGCUCCCCACCCCGGCUGCACCGCUCUCGCUUUGGUGGCCAGCGGCUGUCGAGGGGCGACCCAUGGGCCAGCGGAAGACGGCGAACUCCCUGAUCUCCCUUGUCAUUCGGAGCCUCUAGCUAGAGCGCUGUUAGCAAUAAGCCAUGGUGUUCAUGGCGUGCAUGGUGGACCGGCGUGAGCGCGCCAAGGUCGGGUCCAUGCACGACAUGGUGCGCGCGUGUGACAGUGUGUGUAGUGCGUGUGUUUGUUGCGUUCUGUCAGGAGUUAGCGAGAGGAACGGAGGACUUGGUCCUGCAGCGGGCUGGCCAUGGCGAUCGCGUUUGGAGCGCGUCGUGCGCGAGCUGGGGCGUGCUGGUCAUGGGUGCGUGUGUGCGCGGCCGUAGCGACGUGGGUGCGAGCUGCGGCUAUAAAAUCCCUUCCUGUAAUCUCCAUUGUUUGUACCACGAGGUUGAGCAGAAAAGGCAUUCGUGCGCCAUUGCCUUUCGUCUACCUCCGUCCGUGAGCUGUGAGAGUGAGGGAGCUAGCCAGAGCUAGCACCAACAAGUGGUAUCAGAGCCACGGCGAUGGCGUUGGUUCCGCACGGUGGUGGCGCCGGGGGGAGCGCGAUGCCGCUCUUCUGUCCGAUGCUCACCCUCGACAACUACAUCGUCUGGGCGGGUCGAGGCCAACCUCGACGUGCAGGGCGUCUGGGAGGCAGUGGUUCCGGAGGACCCGGUGGCGGCGGUCGAUCCGGAGAAGAACAAGAGGGCGAGGGCGUACCUGCUCGCGCGCUCUCGAAGGACAUUCUGCUGCAGGUGUCGUCGAAGAAGACGGCAGCGGCAGUGUGGGAGAGCCUCAAGGCGCGGUUCAUCGGCGCGGAUCGCGUCAAGGCAGCUCGGCUGUCGACGCUCCGCGGCGAGUUCGAUCGGCUGAUCAUGGCGGACGACGAGGAGCUGGACGUCUACGCUGGGAAGAUCGGCUGCAUGGCCGCCAAGUUCGCAAGCCUCGGCGGGACGUUGAGCGAUGCCAAGAUGGUGAAGAAGCUGCUCGACACCGUCACGGACUCGCUGUACAUGGCGGUGGCCGGCAUCGAGCAGUUCUGCGACGUCGAGACCGUGUGCUUUGACGAGGUGCUCGGGCGUCUCAAGCCGUUCCAGGAGCGGACGGAGCGGCGCAAGGCAGCUGUUGGCGUCGAGCGUCAUGGAGACCAGCUGCUGCUCACGGCGGCGCAAUGGGAGCAGAGGCGCCGUACAUGCGGCGGCGCCUACGACGAUAGCGGUGGGGACAACAACGGCAGGCGCGGCAAGUGCCACAACUGCGGCAUCCGUGGCCACUUCGCCCGCGACUGCAGGAAGCCCAAGAAGGAGGAGGAGGAGAACCAGGAGGAGGCGCUGCUCUGCGACGCCAGUGACCACCCAUGCCUGCUCUAAGGUCAUGGCUUAGGGGGAGAAUGUUAGCAAUAAGCCAUGGUGUUCAUGGCGUGCAUGGUGGACCGGCGUGAGCGCGCCAAUGUCGGGUCCAUGCACGGCAUGGUGCGCGCGUGUGACAGUGUGUGUAGUGCGUGUGUUUGUUGCGUUCUGUCAGGAGUUAGCGAGUGGAACGGAGGACUUGGUCCAGCAGCGGGCCGGCCGUGGCGAUCGCCUUUGGAGCGCGUCGUGCGCGAGCUGGGGCGUGCUGGUGAUGGGUGCGUGUGUGCGCGGCCUUAGCGACGUGGGUGCGAGCUGCGGCUAUAAAAUCCCUUCCUCUAAUCUCCAUUGUUUGUACCACGAGGUUGAGC